UUGCCGCUGACGUAGUACGAGCGAGGGAAAUUGAGUCGCUAACGUGAGUGUGAAGAAGCAACAAAAUAAAGAUUGGAAGCACUUUUACUUCGUGAUGAAGCGAACUUUUGUGGUGUCAGCACGGACGCGUUAAACCUUUUAACAUAGCCAAAUUAGUCGAAUAAGCUUUAACACUAGCUGUACGUACAUAUCUUUAUGUUUUUAUAGUAAGCAAGCUAACGUUAACCAGGAAGCCAAGCGUUGCUAAGUCAACGCAAGUCACCGGCAAGUAAAAAUAUCUUCGACGUUUGGAGCUACGUUGUACUUAAAGAGAAAGCGUUUUAUUAGACAUUUUGUUCUCAUACCUGAGAAAGGAAAGAGGGAGUUCGUCGAAGAGUUGUUGGCAGUCGCUGGGGAUGUCAUCGCCUCCAUGUGGACGCAGGAGUCAUGAGGGGUCAACUCACACAUCAGACAGCGAUUCAGAGGACGAGCCCAAGCUCCCACUCAACCAGUUCUAUCCAUACAUCCGCUGCGCCCUGUGCUGCGGCUUCCUCAUCGAUGCCACCACCAUCACAGAGUGCCUGCACACAUUUUGUAAAAGCUGCAUCGUGAAGCACUUCUUCUACAGCAACAGGUGUCCCACAUGCAGCAUUGUUGUCCACCAGACACAGCCCCUUUACAACAUCAGGCUGGACAGACAACUGCAGGAUAUUGUUUACAAAAUGGUUCCCUUCUUGGAGGAGCUUGAACGAGAGAGAAUGUGUAACUUCUACAAAGAGAGAGGGCUGGAGGUGCCAAAACCAGUAAUGAUCACCUCUCCAGGUCCUGUUGUGUCCAAGAGGCAGAAGAAAGAUAACAUUCCUCAGUCUGUGUUCACCAUCCCCCCUGAGCUGGAUAUAUCUCUGCUGCUGGAGUUUGUAGGGGCUGAAGAAGGCAUUAACAACUAUAAGCCAUUAGAGAGGCCGUAUGUCCGUGUGUCUGGUGAGGCCACGAUCCGCCACGUGGAGUUGUUCAUCAGGAGGAAGAUGGAGCUUAGCCCAACCUGCCAGGUGGACGUGGUUUGUGGAGAUCACCUCCUCGAUCACUACCAGUCACUCAAAGACAUACAGAACUCUUUGGGCGAAGAGGCGCUGCAGGACGGUCUGUUGGUGCUGCACUUCGGUCUGGUCCUGCCCUCCGAGUCUUGAGAAGUUACCUCCUGAGGUCUUGUUAGACUUUGAUUCUCUUCAUCAGACUCAUGAUGUGGAGUAAAGUGUCUACAUUUGCAUUAUAACUGCUUCCUGACUGUCUUGGACGUGUUGAUAGACCACGUCCAAGAACUCUAAACUCUGAAAUUUCACACUGUAGCAUCAAAUGUUCAACUCUAAAGACGACAGGUACAUACGUUUGAUUUACCGAAGUGCCAGCAUUUAAAAAUGAAUUUUACCUGACAAGUGGAAUUGAUAACUUUCUGUUCCUACUGCCAUGAUCAGUGUGGUUCCAAUCCACAAGAAUGUGACUUCUAGACUUCUGCUGUUGCUUAAACUGGACUUUACUGUUAGUGAGUGUGGAAGUGUCUGUAAAGGCAACACAAGCUGCAUCAGUCUAGUUUAACUCUCUCUUUAUAAACCAGGGACCUGUUUCUUAUUUGUUUAUAUUUAUGAUUUCAAGUGUUGACUGUGAUUUCAGAUAGAUACUUCUGAUCUAAAGGGCUUGAAACAAAAGGACUACCACUACCAAAGCUGUGUGUGUGUGUGUGUGUGUGUGUGUGUGUGUGUGUGUGUGUGUGUUUGUGUGUGCGCACAUGCGUGUGUACGAGCUUAGAUUUGCAUAGUAUCUUUAAAUCCAUCUUGCUUCUUGGUGAUCUACACAUUUAAUUUAAGGGCUAUUAACUUUUCUAUAGAGCGUCUGCUCGUGUAAUUUAAUACAACUGACUUGAUAAAUAUUAGCUGCCAGUACAACUCAGAGUCAAAAGCAUUAAUUUAUAGGGUGUGUGUAUAAAGAAGUCUUUUGAUAGUUUAUUAAAAAUAGCUUUCCUAUUUGCUUUUGUCAGUUUGAAUUAAUAAAUAAAAGCACAACUGAAAAGUGUUUCCUAAGUCAUCCAUGUUUCCUUUUGCAGGG